CACUUUCAUUUGCAAGAUCUAAUUUUGACGUACAACCGCCAUGACACUGAACACAGGUAAUCCAAACGGUGCCUGUACCGUUUCUCGUUACCGUCGUGUAAUUCAGCAUUCUUGGGCACAACCCGAACAAGUUGAGAAUGCGACAGCCCCUAACCUUAAUGAUCAAAACGUCAUAUCGCAAGUGCAUGUUAAGCAAGAAAUCACACCAAAGACUGGGGGAGGGCAUCCUAGCCCUGUCGUAGUAGAGGGCGACGAUAAAGUCCGGGAAGCUUCCACAACAAACCCUAACAAACUCCCACCCUACGAAGAACAAGAACCACAGGAAAGGAAGCUACUAUACAUCUCAGAUGACAGUUGCGACGAGGGGUCGUGUAAAUUUGAAAGUCACAAGAGUGGUCAACGUUACAAGAAACGCCAGAGUCAAUCCUCCAAACGGACGAAAGAUCAAUGUCAGAGAGUGAACGCGCAAGAUUGCAGUGAGGGUGAGGAGUGCUACGAAGAUGGGGACACAUCAGAUAGCUGUUCGGACUCUGACCUUGAAGUGGAUGAUCUCCGCCUUCAGUCUCACAAACACAAGAUGAAGAAAUGGACAUCAGUAGCACGGGGCAAAUUCGAGCAGAUGUUACUCGAAUGCAUCGUCAAUACAGAUAAAAUCCCGCCGAACUACGAGAACAUCUUCAUAGACCCCAAAACAAUUGGCAAAGUCGAAAGAAUCACAGCGAUGGGACUGACGAGGCCUAAAGCCUUCGGUCACGGCGUCUUGAAGAAUAACAAAGUCACCGGAGCUAUUCUCUACGGGCCACCAGGCACGGGAAAGACACUUUUAGCAAGGGGAGUGGCUAAGCAAUCCGGCUUUAACAUGCUCUCGAUUUCCGUCUCCGAGGUAUGGCAGAAGUGUCAUGGUGACGACGAGAAGAUGAUCAAGGCUAUCUUCUCCAUGGCGCGUAAGAUGUACCCGAGCAUUGUGUUCAUUGACGAAGCGGACGCUAUGCUGGGUGAACGCAAGGCCGGUGAGAAACGCCACAUCCGGGCCAUGCUGAACCAGUUCCUUAUGGAAUGGGACGGCAUCAUGAGUGGGACCGACUCGCCAUUCAUCUUGCUGGCUACCAACCGACCGAACGAUCUCGAUCCUGCCGUGCUUCGAAGGGCGCCUGUGCGCAUUUUCUUCAAUCUCCCAUCAAAGACUGAGCGAAUGGGCAUAUUGGGAUUGCUUCUCAAGGACGAGAACCUUGGCCCAGACAUCACUAUACCGACUCUAGCGAACUUAACGCCACAGUAUACCGGCUCGGACCUUAAGAAUCUCUGUGUGACUGCUGCGACCGAAUGCAUUGGCGAACAGACUGUCGAUACUCACGAGCGCACCUUAACACGCCGGCAUUUUUUGGCUGCUAUGCAAACUAUUAAAGCUACUACGCUCAGCAAGACGAGAGAGCAGGAUCUUGACAACUUCCAGAACAAUCGUCAUGAGCAGGGUGUGGCUGAAGAGUAGGAUGAUGUCUGACCGUGAUUAUUCCAAUUCCUGUCAAACUUUGUCGUUUUGUGUUGUAAAAUCCCAGCAAUAAUACUCAUAA